GGGUUGUCCAAGGGCAGUUGGGGCUGCUCCUGGGAGCUUCUGAGGAACCAUGGCUGAGGAAAUAAUUUAUGCUGAUUUAAGGCAUCUUGGGGAUGGCUCUUCUGCUGAGAGGCAUUGUGUUUUUCAGGGCUCCCCACAGCCAGUGGUGACAAGCAUUCCACAGCUAGGCAGUGGGAUCCAGGGAAGGAACCAGCUGGAGCAGUGCAAGUUUUCAUCCCUGGUGCAGUAUUUCUGCAAGCCCCAAGGGGACAGCCCCACAGCCUAUGCUGGCUGCAAGCUGUGUCCCCAGGACUGGCAGCUCCACGGGGAAAGAUGCUACUGGCUUUCUGAGGAAUUGGGAAACUGGACUCAAGGCAUGAAAAGCUGUGAAAAGCAGAACUCCCAGCUGGUGGUGCUCCAGGACAAGAAAGAAAAGGAGCACAUCAAGACUGUUACAGGCAAAAGCCCACGACCAGUAUGGAUUGGAUUAAGGUCACAUCAGAAGGUGUGGAGAUGGGUGGACAACACAUCUUUCAACCCCAAAAUGCUUGGCACCGCUCUGCAUGACAUGUCUGAAGGGUGUGGGACACUGAGAGCCAAGGACUUUGAAGUUAAUAGGUGUGAUGCUGAGCACAAGUGGGUUUGCAAAAAAACCCCUUUCCUGCUCUGCUCUGCGACAGCAGAAGAUGGAGAGAAAAGUGAUGCCUCCAUCUGACAAACACCCACCCCAAAAUGCCCAUCCCUGAAGACACUUGUUGCCAAUAUUGGGGGUGAAAUAGCCCCAUCCUCACAGUUACAUCUUUGCAGGAGAUCCCUGGGUUUGCAAAUCUCCUUACCAUGAGGAUGAAGACCAGUUUUGGGGGAAGAUGACCCCCUGAGCUGGAGAAUCAGAAAGGCCUGUGCCUUUGGCACAGUGU